AUGGAGGGUGAUGGUCCUACAGGUGCUUUUGUCUUGCUGAAGUAUUAUCAAACGCUCCUAACUUUGAAGAAGAAAGAGGAUAAGUGCAGCCAAGGAUACGCAAUGCAUCCAAUGUAUGUUAAAAAGAUCAAGAAACUCAAGAUCUACCAUGACGAGGCACUCAAGUGUGAAACUCUCAUUAUGGCUACCUUACUCCACCCAUUGUUUCAAUUAAGACUAUUCACCCAAUGCUGGCCUGAAAAAGCAGACAUGGCCAAGAAACUUCUGGAGAAAGAAUUUGCAAAGCGUGUGGAGGUUCUGAAGAAGAGGAAGGAAGACAAAAUUCAAGUUGUAGAAAAUAAAACUCCUCAGGUUGAAGAAGAUGAUAUUUUUGAAAUGUUCAAUGUGCCUGAAAAAUCAAAAGAAGAAAACAAAGAGCUUGAUGUAUAUAUCAACAACAUGGAUCACCUCCCAGGAAUCUCUACAAAGUGUCCCAAAGAGCUUUUGUUAUGGUUGAAGGAUCAUGCAUCCGCCUACCCAGUUCUUGCAUCAUUAGCCAAGGACUACUUGGCAUCUUCUGCAUCCUCAUUGGAGAAUUAA